AUGUAUGCGGGGUCACUUGAGAAAGACGGAGACAAUGAACUACUCUCUGAAAAGGAAGUUUGUGCGACGAAAACCGCAUACUUUUUGUAUGUCCUUGCUUCGGUUAUAUUUCCCGAUAGCAAAGGAAACAGAGUCAGCGUCAACCUUCUUCAACUUUUGGAUACCUUGGAGGAGGUGAGUAAGUAUUCUUGGGGGACUGCCAUAGUAGCACAUUUGAACGCUCAGCUGGCAAAGGCUUCCCGAGAACGAACUUCUCAAAUGAACGGGAAUUUGGCUUUACUUCAGGUGUGGAUUUACGAGCAUUUCCUCUCAUUUAUCAAAGACGAUGGAGACAUCCAAUUGGAGCCAACAUGGAACAACAUUAAACCAAGAGGAACUCGAUACAAGUACAGUGGAAGUCAGGAUAAGGAGGAAACUCAGAAGUUGAAGUUGUUAGCCAUGCGCCAAAAAUUGGACAACAUGACAGGAAAAGAGGUAAACUUUGAUCCCUAUAAGGAAGAUAGAGUAGGAGGAAUCCAAGAUCUUGCAUAUUACCAUGGCCCUCUGUUUUACCCUUAUGGAUACUCAAUGAACAAUCCGAAUAGAGUAAUACGUCAGCUUGGGUAUAUUCAAGAUUCACCUGAUGAGGAUUAUGUACCACCGGACAGAAAGGUGUUGGCUGUUGUUUACGAACCUGAGCCUAAGACUGAGCAUUAG